GGCCCACCUCAGCCACGCAGUCUCGCGGAGAUCGUCCGGACGAGAAGACCCGCCAGAGCGUGCUGUACCUUCGCCAGACAGCCGUACCAAGGGCGCCGUCGUAGCGAUCGGAGCACUUGAGCGAGUGUUACAGGGCUGUGUGUUCCAUUAAAGUUCUUUUGGGGAAAAUGGUUUCCUCAAAAUGGUUCUGCCUCCUAAUUGUGCUGGAAGGACUCGUAAGGUCGUCGGGGGAGGUGGCUUACCCGUCGCCCUUCCCACAGGAGAAAGAAGCCGAUUAUUGGUAUAAAUUGGGCAAAGAUGAUAUUUACGAGGCCCUCCACCGGCCGAGGAAUGAAAAAGUUGCAAAGAAUGUCAUUCUCUUCCUUGGGGAUGGACUGGGUAUCACGGUGGGCACAGCCAGCAGGAUCCUGAAGGGGCAGCGCCAAGGCUAUUCGGGAGAGGAAGGGUAUCUGGUGUGGGAGAGGUUUCCUAAUAUCGGUUUGCUGAAGACCUACAACAUAGACAAGCAAGUGUCGGAUAGCGCAGGGACAGCAACGGCGUAUCUGACGGGCGUGAAAGCGAAUUACAGGACCCUGGGCGUGAAUGGGAACGUGGAAGAAGGAGACUGUGCAGGAUCCCUCAAGCCAGAGAACCGGCUUGAUUCAAUCCUGAAGUGGGCUCAGGAUGCGGGGAAGGAUACAGGUAGGAUGGUGGGUUCAAGGGUAACCCACGCAUCGCCAGCUGGUCUGUACGCCAAGACACCGAGUCGCUAUUGGCAGUGCGACACCAAGAUGGCUAAGGCAGGAGAACACACGAGAGCUUGCAAGGACAUCGCUCGCCAGCUUGUGGAGGACGAGCCGGGGAGAAGUAUCAAUGUGAUCUUCGGAGGCGGGCGGCAGGAGUUAGGGGCGCCCACCUUAGCGAAAGCCAGGGACAAGUGCCGGAGGGCGGACGGGCGGGACCUGGUCGAGGCGUGGGCGGCGGAGAAGAAGGCGCAGGGGAAGACAGCCGCUUAUGUCACUUCGGCCGAGAUGCUGCGCGACCUGCAGGUGGAGGACGUCGAUUACAUCAUGGGGCUCUUUGGGGAGAUCCACAUGCCCUACGAGAUCGACGGGGACGAGGACGCCCCCUCCCUGGCGCAGAUGGUGCAGGCGGCCGUCAGGAGACUCCGCAGGAACAAGGAGGGAUUCUUCCUCAUGGUGGAGGGUGCGCGGAUCGACCACGCUAUGCACGACGGCCGCCCCAGGAGGGCGUUGGAGGAGGUGCUGGCCAUGGAGGAGGCGGUGAAGCAGGCGCUCGACCUCGUGGAUCUGCAGGAAACGCUGAUUGUCGUAACAGCUGACCACUCGCACGUCAUGACCAUGAACGGGUAUCCGCAGCGGGGAAAUGACAUCUUCGGCGUAGUGGAAAACAACCCUGAUGUAACCGACGGAAUGCCUUACACAACACUCAUGUUUACAACUGGUCACGGAUUUAACUACACGUGGGAUGGUGAGAAGGUGGUGCGUCGGAACCUGACGGGCGUGGACACGAAGGAUAAGGACUUCGAACCUCUUGCAGCCGUCCCCACGAUCUUCGGGGAGGAGACUCACGGCGGGGAGGACGUGGCCGCUUUUGCUGUUGGUCCCAUGGCACACCUCUUCCACCGUAUUCACGAGCAAACAUAUGUAGCGCAUGUGAUGGCCUAUUCCUGCUGCGUCGGGCCAUACAGCUUCUGCGACCGACCGAAGCAACAUAGUCAUGAGGAGAAGGAUGGCAGUGGGGAGGAGAAAGGCACUGGUGAACAGGCAGGUGAACACCAUGGAGAACAAGGCGAAGAACAAACCCAGACGGAACACGGUGGGAGUAAUCACGGCAUGAAUGAGGAACAGAACACGACGGACAUACUGGAGAACAUGGCGGUGAACAUUCAGAAUCCACGAAGACAGAACCUGCCGAAAGUGAACAAGAAGAACAUCGUCCUACUGGUGAGUACGACCACGCCAAAGAUCCCGUGGCAGACGACGACCACAGUGAACAUCAUAUCGUCGAGAUCGUGCCACUAAAACAGGAUAGCGAUCAAGAAAACGGAGACAUUUCGCAAGAGGAAGAGGAAGAAAGAGACGAAGGAGAGGAAGAAGAGAGCGAGAAUAAGGCAAAAGACGAAGAAAACGAAGAAUCGGACGAAGAAAACGGAACCGGAGGAGGAAAGAGCCAAGUAAAAGCCACAGAAAAAGAUGAAGACAAAGAAAAAGAAGAAGAAGCAGAAGAAGAAGAAGCAGAAGAAGAAGAAGGAGAAGAAGAAGAAGAAGGAGAAGAAGAAGAAGAAGGAGAAAAAAUACCCAGUUACAUCGUGAAUAAAAUCAAAGCCCCCAGAGAGCGAGGAACCGCAUCUACCAUCGUUCUUAAUUACGUUUUGUUCCUUUUAACAACAUUUAGUGCGAUUUGGGUGGCUGGGUAACAAUGAGAAUAAUUAUACUAACUGCAUCUUGGAUUAAAUUUAAGGAUACAUUACAUAUAAUAAAUACGAACGUACAUA